UUUACCCGAGGACGGUACAGCGAUUUAUCUUCUACUUCCUUUGUUAUCGACUCAUGCAGAUUUCGAAUGGGCCAGUUUCAUUUUGGUCAGUCCGCUGUUAGGUUUUGUGUUUUUCGAGUUUCUGCCUACUGCAAAGCAUUGUGGUACUGAAUUGAAUUGGCGCACGUAUUACUCUUCUCCGCAGGCGCUGGUAGUCACGUACAAUCGCCCAUCAGUCAUGAAGGACCCCAAAAUUCUCGCCCUCAUCUUCGCUCCGAUCCUACUUUCUAUCGCCUGGGGAGAAACCCCACGACGUCCAGUUUUCGUCUGCGUUGAGAUGCCUGCCGAUGCAAAUGAUGUCACACCGGAAUCUCUGCUCAAAAUUGAACAGGCGCUUAACACGUCAGGGGCAUUCCUCACCACCCAAAUAACCAGGCCUCAUCGUAUAGAGAAUCUGCAAAAUCGGAGCCCUAACGAGGUUCGCCCAUUGACUACAUCUAAAAUUCCCAGCGUCGACGUUCAGCCGGCAUUUCAGAGAGACUGGCCCCGUCCUCCGAUUAAGCCUACAGAACGGAAACGGGAAGGUCGACGAGCACUUCUAAACAACUCCUUAACUCCCCGAACUGUACAGGGUGUCUCUGAUCUGAGUCCGCCUUCAGAUACUGGUAUUUUGCUACAUAGACCGAUUGGACUCGGAGAUCUUGAAUCGCUAUUCCAAAGAACGCUUAUAGACGCAUGCAAAUCAGUCUACUCCGACAUUCUCAGUCGCAGUCCUCACGCUACGCCUUUUCGCCACCGGAACUGUUCCGUUCUUUGCGUUUACGGAUCUCCCCCAGUUGAUAUACCCGAAGGCGGAAUGUGUUAUCAGCAGAGAAAUUUUGUAGGCACUCCAGGUCGCUGCAGGAAUGGCGAAUGCGUAAUUUCCGGCAAGCCUUUCGAGUUCGACUUUCCUACAGAGCAAUAUGGAACAUCUAAUCCAUUUUCGUUGGCGCCGUAUGCGCCUGGCUUCACCCCUGAUGUACAUGUUCCUCAACGUGCGAUUAAAGAUACUGCGGAAAGAAGUUAAGCGAGUGCACAUCUAUCGUUGGGGCAGUCAACUGAACAUACUUGCCCAACCAAUAGCUCAGAUACCUGCUGUAUAGUUACACCCACGUCAUGCGAUAUCAGUGAAGCUGAAUCAAGUGUCAUUAUGGAUUUUUGGCCAGUUUACCGCAUUUAUGUAAUACAUACAGAGUGAAUUCAACAACAAUAGCAUCAUCAUCAUCCUAUAAGCGACUACUUGGUAUUGUACGGAUAGAAGCUUUCGUUAGUGUGAAGUUUAUGUUGAUCUUCAACUCGUCGCGACAAGCGACCAACGUUCAAGCCAACCGGCAAGGCUUUGCGUACCUCUGCUACGAUAUCGAGCUUCCGCAAAAGCGUCCUUAUCUAAAUUAAAGAUUUUGUCCAUUUAAAGCAAACGUCAUAACAUAUUUCGAGCGAGACCCAAUGUACGCUUUCGAGGGAUGUAUUGCUUCUUCAUUGACACUAAACUGGAAAAGUUUUGCCACAUAAGUAUGAGCAACCGACAAAUUGGGUCACGCCUCGAUUCGCCUACGAGAUUAUACAUCAGUCGGCCCAGAAAAUGUAAAAAAUGCUAUUGGCUUUCCGUGUUUUUGUUAGUGAUGAGAGGCCAUUUGCCAUAACACGUUUCGCCCAUGAGAAGGUUUUUAGACACUUACAGCGCUUUGAAUAAUACAAACGCUGGAGGGUUCUUUUGGCAUUUCUGACUAUUUACCGUGCAAGCCAUGUAUUUAGCACGCAACUAAUGUACCAUUAUUAUAAAAAUAUAUCUAACAAGAGCGGGUGUUCUCAUUGUCUAGGGCAAAUAUUUCACGGGCAUAGCAAAAAAAAUGAUCAAUGAUGAAUAAAAGUACACUAUUCUUAGAAACCAUACUAUUGCUUUUGUAUAGUACAGUUUAU